GAACGGCGCGGGCGGCUCCAGGCGCGCCCGUCCCCGGCUCCGCCGCCCCGGUCCCUCCGCCGCCCCGCCGUCCCCUCCGCCGUGCCCCCCGCUCCCUCUGCGGCCAUGCUGGCGGAGCAGGAGAACCAGGAGAAUGUGCCCCCGCCGGCGGCCGGCAAAGCCGCGGCGCCGCCGCCCGCCGCCGGCACCCGCGUGGCGCUGGGGCUGCUGCGGGGGGCGCAGCAGCGCGCCGGGAUCCCGCUGCAGGUGAGGGGGACGCGGGGGGACGCGCAAGGGGCAGCGCGGGUUCGGCGCGGCGGGAGCUGUCAGGGCCGGGCGCUGACGGCCGCCUCCCCACAGGCGGCGCGGGGCGGCUGCGAGGGCCACGGAGCGGCGGCGGGGCUGCGGCAGCAUCAGCCCUUCUCCAUCCAUGUGGACGAGCCCGAUGGGGAGCGGGAGCCGCGGCGGCAGCGGGGCGUCCCGGCGAGGCAGAAGGAGGAGGCGGCGUUGGGGCUGCCUGAGGCCGUGUGCGCCCUGGGGGAGCGGCGGCCCCUGGCUCCCCUGGGCAACGCCAUGGAGCUGAGCUUCGAUUCCCCAAGUAUUAUGGAUAUUUCAAUAACCUCAGACACAGACGAGAAAGCACCAAAYGUUAACAACGUGCCAGACUAUAUCAGCGAAAUCCAUACAUACCUGAGGGAAAUGGAGGUGAAAUGCAAGCCAAAAAUAGGUUACAUGAAGAAGCAACCGGAUAUCACAAACAACAUGCGGGCUAUCCUUGUGGACUGGCUGGUGGAAGUUGGAGAAGAAUACAAAUUACAGAACGAAACCCUGCACUUAGCUGUAAAUUACAUUGAUAGGUUUCUUUCUUCCAUGUCUGUUUUGAGAGGAAAACUUCAGCUUGUGGGUACUGCAGCUAUGCUGCUCGCAUCAAAGUUUGAAGAGAUCUACCCUCCUGAAGUGGCUGAGUUUGUCUACAUCACAGAUGACACCUACACUAAGAAGCAGGUCCUAAGGAUGGAGCACCUAAUUCUGAAGGUUUUGUCCUUUGACUUGGCUGCUCCAACAAUCAAYCAGUUCCUCACACAGUACUUCAUCCAUCAGCAGACAGAUGCCAAAGUGGAGAGCCUGUCAAUGUACCUGGGGGAGCUGAGUCUAAUUGAUGCUGAUCCUUAYCUGAAAUACUUGCCAUCAGUUAUUGCUGCUGCAGCAUUUCAUCUGGCAGACUACACGCUCACUGGACAAACCUGGCCUGAAUCCCUAUGUAAAGCAACUGGCUACACCCUUGAAGACAUCAAGCCUUGCCUCAUAGACCUCCACAACACCUACCUCAAAGCAGCCCAGCACUCACAACAGUCCAUAAGGGAAAAGUACAAGAGUUCCAAGUACCACGGAGUAUCUCUCAUUGACCCACCAGACACACUAAACUUAUCGUAAUAAUCAAGAGACUGAUCUUUCUAAGAGAUGUAUAUUACCAGGAAAUGAUGUACAGUUUUAAACAUGGUUCAGAUUUCUAGAAAUGAUCACUCAGAAUAUGAAUGCAGGCUUUGACUUCAAUUAUGAAGUUUAGUUUCAUGUAGUUUUAAUGUAAAUCUUUUGUACAUGCAAUCUUGUUAAGAGUUUUAGCUGUGUUUUUAUCAAAACGUUCUCUUCAGGCACGGAUUUAACCAUGCAGGCCACGUGAAAUCUGAGACUGCUUAUCUAAUUAUAGACUAAACGUUAAUAUUAGCAAGUACAUUAUUAUAGUAGGGCUUUUUCUCCCCCUGGGUAAAAAGACUUGGACUCCACAGAGUAUCAGUAGCAUUUUUAUACUGUCUAGUUUAAACUGAAACUUAGCAUAGAUCCAAAACGUGCCUUAAUGGCUACACAACUGGAAGAAACUCUCUGGCCAUGAGAACUCCUUGCUGGUACUGACUCAUGAGGCUCUUUGCCCCAAUUGCUGUAUAAUGUAGUGCCAGAUCUUCAUCAGGUGGAGGGCUGAAUGCUCUGCUGCAGGGACUGCACAUUCAAACUCCUGCACCAGUUCAUACCUCGUGCUUCCACUAUGCAGAAAAUGGUCUUGCUAUCAGUAUUUCCUAGUCCAAGUGUAAAACUGAUACUAAUCUAAAACCAUGGAGUUCCCACUGAUGUGUUGGCUGUCCCAAAA